AUGAAGGGCGCCAUCGUUUCUUCCAUCCUCAUCUCGGGGGCUGCUGCCUUCCCUUUCGUCGUCGAUGUUUCCGGCGUCGACUCGAGCAUGAUCCAAGCUGAACGCCGACGAAUUCGACGACAGCAACCAGCGGACGGUGCUGGAAGCGCUGCCAACUGCCCAUUCAACGCCAACCACGUCCCAGCCGCUCCAGUCACCUCGCAAUACCCAUACAACAACGCAAAGAACGGCGUCAUUGGCAACCAGAAGGGUGGUUACCAGGUCCCAGCUCCAGGCGACACUGCUCACCAGUUUGUGGCACCAAACCCAGAUACCGACAUUCGUGGCCCAUGCCCAGGAUUGAACGUUGCUGCCAACCACAACUUCUUGGCGCACGACGGAAUCACGACCUACACCGAAUUGGUCGAUGCACAGCAGAACAUCUACAAUGUUGGCUACGAUCUCGCCAACCUCCUCGCCCUCCUCGGUCUUACCCUGACUGAUGGCGAUCUCGUCACCGAGAAGCUUUCUAUUGGAUGCGAUGCUACUACUCGCACCUCCGUUAACCCAGUCUUGACCGGCGCUGAGCCUGGUCUCGACGGCCACAACAAGUUCGAGGCCGAUACCUCGCUCACCCGUAACGACUACUUUACCCACGGUGGCGACAACUUCAAAUUUAACGGCACCCUCUUCGGCAUGAUGACCGAGACCACCGGUGGCAACUACAACCUCCCCAACCUUGCCCUCUACCGAUACCAGCGCUACCAGCAAUCCGUUAACGAGAACCCCAACUUCUACUUCGGCCCACUGAGCUUGCUGCUCUUCGGCGCCGCCUCGUUCUUGUACGAGCUGAUGCCAUCCGGCACCCGCGGCUACGCGCCAGACGAGUACACCAUCUCCUCUUUCUUCGGCGCCGAGAAGAACGCGGACGGCACCUACUCCUUCAACAACGCCGAGAAGAUCCCCGACAACUGGACCAAUCGUGUCGAGCCCUACACCAACGAGCUCGUCGGCGCCGAGAUCAUCAAGAUGUACCUGCUCAACCCCGUCCUCUUCGGCGGCAACACCGCUGCUGGCAGCUUCGACGCUCUCCAAGGCUGGGGCGGCCUCAUCGCCAACGGCACCAUCCCCUCUGCCGUCGACCCCAAGGUCACUUCAUGCUUGCUCUACCAAAUCCUCACCGAGCGUGUCCCAUCAUACCUCAACGGCGUCCUUACCCCAACCGUCGAGGCACUCAGCUUGAUCGCUAGCAAGCUCUCCAACACCGAUUUCUCCAACCUCGGCUGCCCUGCGCCGCUCAGCAAGUAA